AUGACGGCAAGGAGGAGGAAGAGAGGGAGCUUGAGCGGCGAAGAAGACGGCGCCAUCAUUCUCGCGAAGACCACCAUCGACCCCAUCGGCACGAUGGCUCGCCUCCACACCGCCCGAGCCGCCCGCCGCAGCAACAACUCCUUCCCCCUCAACAGGGUCCCGCGCGACCGUAUAGUGCACCCCCACCACAGAACAGACCCCAAAUAUUACCGGUAG